AUGUUGAAACUCCCCCUGGAGUCCGUGGAGUCCUGCCAUCUGGACUCUGCGCUCCUGAACAUGGGUGACUUUUUAGGUCAUGGUCUUGCUGGAUCCUUCUAUGUUAUUUUGGGUCUUUGGUGGUAUAUAAAGAUUAUUUUUAUGUAUGUAUGCAAAAAGCAAGCACAGACCUGCUACCAUCGUUCUGAAGCAUUCUUUCAGAGAGCAGAAAUUUUGGAGGGAACUAUAUGCCUGGUCAUGGUCUUAACUGGUGGAACUGGUCUACUGACUUAUUCUGGAAGCACAGAAAUGACCUUACGUAAAGAAGGCCAGUGGAUCCAAUUAAAACGCUUUCAACAUUUAACAAUAUAUCUUUUCUUUGGCUUGUGGGCAGUGACCAACAUCUUAUGCUUCACCAUUAAGUCAAUCCCUAUCUCCUUAACCAAGUUAAUGUUGACAAAUGCCUUCUCUGCAGGUGCUUUUAUCUUAUACACCCACCCUCAUAGCCCCCAAGUGGUGGAUAUCCUUUUGCAUGAGCUGCUAUGCCUCGCUAUCUUUUUGGCAGGCUUGGUUUCCUUCAUAGAGGUUCUCAUUAAGGAAAAUAUAAUGCUGGCACUUCUGCGGUCAAGUUUCACCAUACUACAUGGAAGCUGGUUUUGUCAGCUGGCUUUUGUUCUGUAUCCUCCCACUGGAGUUCUUGCAUGGGAUCUGAAUGAUCACAUCAACAGUGUGUUUUUCACCAUAUGCUUUUGUUGGCAUUAUGCGUUUAUCUAUGUCAUCAUGGGAGUGGUUUAUGUAGCUGUCACCUGGUUUGUUAAGUGGAGAAUCAGGAAACCCUACCCCUCAGAAGUUGUGCUCCUGAAAAAUGCUGAAAGAGAGGAGGAAUCAGAAGAGGAGAUGUGA